GAGGGGAGGCUGGAACCAAUGGUUCUUUCUGCAGACCUGACGAUCCGCUGUAGUCUGACUCUGUCCUGUUUGGUGGCCGAUCCAAACCACACAGUGAUGGAAGAGCAGAGGACAGACUGGAUGAUGGCGGAGUAAAUUGCUGCUACAGUAAAUUGCUGCUACAGGACUGUACGAGCUACAGUCUAUACAUUCUCUGUGUGGUGUCACUCAGUGUUUAGACUACCUGCCGGCUUAUCUGAGAACUAGGCCAGCACGGUGUAAACAUCUGGCCCCGGCCAGCACUCGCCGCCUGUCGAGAGCCAUGACAGAUGGGAAGGGAGCGUAUGGCUCCAACACUUCCAUCUUUGACCGUACUGCCAGUUGUCUUCCCAAAAUAGCGAGCACUCCCCGGCCUUAUAUGUGCGGCCUCCAGCAUGAGCCGGAGGGGGCAUCAUGUAUCUGGGCCACACAAUACGGGCUGCAGGCGCAUUGUUGCUGCUUACCAGCAGGCCGACCGAGGACCCUCUUGCUCUCUGAGGACGGCUCGCCAUGCAGCUGACACAGCUCAACCGCGAAUGUCUCCUCCACCUUUUCUCCUUCCUAGACAAGGGCAACCGAAGGAGUUUGUCCCUUACCUGUCAUCAGUUGCGCGAGGCCUUCCUGGACCCCUGCCUCUGGACUCUCCUCCGCUUCGGCGCCCCGUGUGAGCUGACGAGGGACAACUUUGUGCUGGGAGCCUCGCUGCGUUACUUGACGGUCAGCUGGUACUCCAGCAGGGUCCUGCAGGUGUGCAACAUUGAGGACUGGUUGAAGAGCUCGUUUCAGAAGGACAUCUGCAGUAAACACGAGAGCCUGGUCAGCACUUUCCUGACCCGUGUCUGCCGCAUGUGUCCCAACCUGCUCCGGCUAACCCUGUCUGGCUGUGCACACAUCACUGACCGGGAUGUGACCGCCGUACUGCAGAGCUGCGGGAAGCUGCGCUGCCUCCACCUGGAGAACUGUGUCCGCAUCACCGACUGCAGCCUGGAGGGCGCCGUGGCUCACGGAGACCGUCUGGAGGAGGUCACGGUGGACUUCUGCAGGAACAUCACUCAGGCAGGCCUGCAGGCGGUCCGAAAGAUGAGGCCGGGCAUCCAGCUGAGUGCAGAGAGGAGCGCUGAUAUGAUCCCAGACAGCAAGCCUGAGGAGAGGGUCCCACUGAGGAGGGCGCUGCAGAAAGUCCUGCAGUUCUCCUGAUGCAAAUACUGCACCACAAGGGAGAGCGUUCCGAAACGACAGAUCUUUUAAGACCUGACUAUGGUGUCUUUGUUCAGAUUAGUGUUAUCAGAUGUGUUUUUGUACCUUUUUUAUACCUUUUUAUACAAGACAUGUUGAACAAAGACCUUUGAGGCUGUCUCUAUUCCAUGUGAACCUAACCAGCAAUAAUUAACAUUCACAAUAAAGUCUCACACAGAUGACCUCAUCAAUAAUCCUUAAUCAAUCAAUGUUGAAGUGGUGCAAUUAUAUGAUUCCAGUUUUAAAGGAAUAGUGUUUGCCAUGAAAACAAUGUAUAUGCAGGCUUCUGGCGCUGGGGGAUCCCCGUCUUAUCAGUGCCUCUCUGAAAAAUGACCAUAGAUUAUAGAACAGGGUCAUUUAAAGGAGCAGUGUGCAAGACUUAGCGGCAUCUAGUGGUGAGGUUGCAGAUUGCGUCCAGCGUAACGGCCCUCUGUUUAUCCCCCAUGCAGAACUACGUUGGCGUUCAGGCCAUGUUAAUGCAAAAGGAUCUCGCUAGAGACGAGGCUAGGCUGGUCCUUCUGGGCUACAGGAGAAACAACAUGGCUUUUUUCAAUCCCACGAGGAUGUGUGCUCGGAUACUAUUUUUUUUAAUUGACUUUUAUACUUAAUAUUUGUGUUUUGUUUUUUAAGCAACGUGUGUGUGUGUGUGUGUGCGUCCGUGUGCGUGUGUUUACCUAUUAAAUAUUUUGACAAUUUUCCAUUGCUUUGUGAUGAACAGUAAAGUUUUCAUUUGCAUUUGAAUAAUCAGUUUACAUAAUUCUAAUGUUAAUUAGAUCUGUUACAAUACAAAAGUUAAUAAAUACUGUCAAGUUGCCCGUUAAAAUGUCUAAUAACUUCAAUGCAGGACCACUUCUGAGGCAACAAUGAUCCAGCAAUGAGGUGUGUAUUAAUCCAUUAUUGCAGAAUUACAGCACUUGUGAUAGUAAAGUGUAUUUUGUAAGUGCACCGUCAUACAAAAUGUUUGUAAUUUUAUUCAGUAACAAUAUCAUAUUUCUGUUUUCUAUUAGUUGUUCUGAUUUGUGAUACAUAAUUAGACAACAUUUACAUAAUUUCAUACAUAAUAUGAAGUCUAUUUGUGGGCCCUCCCAAAUCCAUAAACUGUUUGGGUGCUUGGUUACAUGAAACUGAGUUAGCUGAGAAAUGUGUUAAUAGUUGUUUCAGCUUCAAGAUCAGUUUCAAAAAUUCCAUUUGGCUUUUAAGUCAUUAAACAAGCAUCAAGAGUCGUUUUAAUUUCCAGUGAAAUCGAAAAUUUGCAAAUGUAGUUUAAUCGGAACACAUUUGAAUUAGAUGUAAUCACAUUAUCUAUGCAUUUUCUCCCCAUGAUCGCUGUGUAGACAUCUGGUAACCCUUUAUGAAACACACAAUGGUGACAAAAGAAAACCCUCGAGGCUGGGGAACGGGAGCAUAGCAUGUGUUGUUUUGAUAUACAAAUCAGCCCCAGACCAACGACAUGAAUAUAGCUUUGCUGUUGCACAGAGAGACCGAGGCUCACUGCUUAGAGGCCGGACGACAAACCCUAUAUGAUGAAGAAAUAUAUCGGCGUUAAGCUAUAUGGGGGUUUCCUGCUGGCAGACCCUGCUGCAUACAGGACUCACAUCCAGACGUGUAAAAACACAGCUAUAUCAAAACAUAACUCUGCUGCUUGUCUCUACAGUCGGGGCACAUUUUUUUAAUACAAAAAACAAACUUGAAAGACCUGUUGCCCAGAUGCAUGUCCUUAAAAGCCUUUUGCUAUGCAAGCUAUUCAGUUUGAGGAAGCUGCAGCCAUUUUGUUACCUCAUCAAUACUUAGAAUGCAAGUAAUAUGACUCCUUAUCUAAGCAGCUCCUUCAGUUAAUAUAUCCUAUAUCCAAGGUAAAGAACAAAAGAUAUGUUUGUGUGUGAAAAGACUAUGUUGAGGCUAAAUAUAUAUUUCUUUUAUUCCAGACUCAUGAGUUCAUGAACCAACAAACACAAAUACAACAACAAUAUAUAAAAUGCAAUACAAUACGAAGACACAGGUACAAUCACUGCAGUUAAAAAGUCACUCGUGGUAAAAAAAACAUACAAACACUUGUUUCAAUGUUUCCAGAAACAAGAUAAAUACCUCGUUUCACUCUUUGUUUGCUUAAUUAAGGCUUUUAUAAUUUCAUAAUACAAUGUUGAAUCAUCCUCUUGUGCACUGGGAGAAAGUCAUACAUCCCUUUCUAAGUGUGUGCAUUUACAUUUGAAUUUUUGUGCAGAACCAUACUCACUGUAUCUGAGAUUCAUAUCUCAAACAUUUCAGGAAAUGCGAAUGCUCUUUUGUAACAUUACAUUGAAUUGCAUAUCGUGGUGGUCAAUUUAUUCAUUUUAAAUUUAAUUUAAGGUUUAGGGGUACUGGAACAUUCUAUUUUGGGUCCAAUUUGUUUUUUAAUCUCUGUAUACAUGCUACCACUUGGUGAUGUCAUCAGAAAGCAUAGCAUUGAAUUUCCCAGCUAUACUGAUGGCAAAACUAUACAUAUCUGUAUCACUAAUGCUCUUGACUAUUACAAUGCUCUCUUGUGUUAACAUAAAAAUGUUGUUGGCCGCCUUCGACUGUUCUCCUCACUGUGGACAUUUUUUAAAGAAACCAUCUUCUCAGCCGGACUUUUACAUAAGACUUUUGCUGUCUUAGUUUAAUGCUUAAUAAUUAGUUUUCAUGAUAUUUUUCUUAUCCCAUGUGAUUAUUCUAUCGUGACAUUAUAUUGUUUAUUUUUAUAAUCUUUAGUCUUGCAACAUUCUCUUUUGUCUGUGCUGUUUUAAUCUUGCUCUGUGAAGCUUUUGGGGUUCAAAAGUUACAAAUAAAGUGAAUCGAGUAUUUCGCUA